AUGUCCGUCACACCAGAAAAGAAUCGCGAGGCUGUCCCGGGUGAAGUGAGUGGUGCCUCAGAGACCGACCAUGUGGAAGACACCAUAGGGUCUUUGGAUGAAAAUCUCGUCUAUGAAGAUGAGCAACAGCCAGAGCUUCAUGCCCGGACUUACUUUGCCCUGGCUGCAAUGUUCCUGCUCAAUCUCGUUCAAGUUUUCGGUCUUAUGGGUCCUCCAGCCGGUCUGUCUUAUAUAGAAAGUGACCUCAAAAAUACCGUCGCCGGCACAUGGGUCCCCAACGCCCUCUCGCUCGUUCAGGCUGUUCUAGCCCCUCUGAUAUCUUCGGCGUCGGAUACAUUCCAGGCACGGAAGGCUCUUUUAGUUGGUCCUGCAGUGAUCUCGUUCAUCGGAUCUGCAAUCGCACCCGGAUCUAAUAGCAUAUACCGAGUUGUCGCGGCUCAAGUCUUGAUUGGAUUCGGGUUUGCUACUGUACCUUUGGCAUAUUGCGUCCCUAGUGAGAUUCUUCCGCGGAAAUGGAGACCCAUGGCACAGGCUGCGAUGAAUGUUGCCGCCGCAGUUGGUGCUUGUUUGGCGCCAUUGAUCAUAGGUGCCCUCACCAAAGCCAAUCCUCACACAGGUUGGCGCAAUUUCUAUUGGAUUCAAAUGGUCUUAUGGGGACUGACCGCAAUCGGCCUUGUUAUCGGCUACAAGCCGCCAAAGCGACACACCCACCUUGACCACUUAUCUAUUUGGCAAAAGCUCGCUCGGCUAGACUUACCUGGUUUUAUCAUGUUGACCGCCGGUUUGACAUUGUUCUUGACUGGACUCAAUCUCGGCGGUGGUCUGUAUGCAUGGGCCAGGGCGCCAGUACUGGCGACUCUCAUCGCCGGUAUCCUCUGUCUCGUUGCCUUCGGGAUCUAUGAGUGGAAAUUCACAAAGACUGGUAUUCUGCAUCAUGACCUCUUUCGCGGAGGCAAGAACGCGGGCAAGACCUUCGCUAUUUGCAUCGGCCUCAUUUUCAUUGAAGGCAUUCUACUAUUCAGCUACGUUAUUUUCUAUCCUGUCUUGUAUGGCUAUCCCGAUCUAACCUCGUCGCUGUUCACCGAAGACCCUCUGCUGAUGUCCGCAAGGCAGCAACCCUUCUGGAUUGCAGGUGGACUGAGUACUAUGAUAUACGGAUACGUGAGUACGAGAUUCCGAAUGAUUCGGGAACCGCUAUUUGUCGGAUUCCUCCUGUUCACGGGAGGAAUCGUUGGCCUCGCCACAAUUCAACCGGAAGACGAAUUGAGAGCGUUGGUCUUCGCAGGGCUGGCUGGAUUGGGAUUUGGCUGCCCACUUAUCCUUCUUAUCGCCGCCGUUCAACUCGCGACACCUCACCACCUCAUUGCCACCGCAACGGCGGCGACGACGUGCUCUCGAGCUGUAGCUGCCUCUGUAUUCACGGCCAUUUACUCGGCCGCAUUCGAGACACGUAUCGAAAAGUAUCUCCCAGCAGAUGUUGCCCGGGCUGCUUUGAAGGCGCAGCUUCCCAGCGGGUCCGUUGAAGCUUUUGUUAAAGCACUAUCUUCUCAAGACACAGGCGCACUUUCAAGUAUCCCGGGUGUUAAUCCAACAGUUAUUGCCGCGGGGGAAGGUGCACUGAAACAGGCAUAUGCGGAUGGACUGAGAGCUGUUUACAUUAUUGCGGCCCCAUUUGGUAUCCUCGCAUGCUUGGCAUGCUUCUUUUUGGGAGACCUGCGGAAAGUCAUGGACUACGCUGUUGAGGCCCCGGUGGAGGAUCUGCAUUCUAAACGAGGCCGUGGCCAAAAUGCUUAG